AUGGAGACAUCUUUCUUUUCCUGCUUUUUCGCCUGGCCGUUCACCAAAAAGUUUGGUCGCCGAUGGUCGAUCGCGCUCGCCUCUUUGAUCUUCUGUAUCGGCGGGAUCAUCCAGGUGGCUCCAACGCACUCGAUUGGCGCGUUUUAUGCUGCUCGUGUGAUCAGCGGUGUCGGUGUCGGCAUGGCCACCGUGAUGGUGCCCAUGUACAGCGCGGAAAUGAGCCCUAAAGAGAUCCGAGGACAGUUGGGCAGUCUGUUCCAGUUCUUCUUCACGCUCGGCGUCAUGACCUCGUACUGGAUCGACUACGCCGUCGAAAAAUACGUCGCAUCCUCUGAUCGCCAGUGGCAGAUCCCUAUCGGACUGCAACUCGUGCCGGCGGGGAUCCUGGGCCUCGGCAUGCUGUUUCUCAAGGAGAGUGUGCGAUGGCUCGCCAGUGUCGGUCGACAUGAUGAGGCGCUGCAAUCCCUGAUCUGGGUCCGUGGAGGAGAAGACACAGAGGAAGUCCGCACUGAAAUGGCAGAGAUCCUAGACGGCAUCAGCGCCGAAGUGGCUGCAACUGAGGGCGUCACCUGGAAAGAGCUGAAUCUUCCAGCCAACCGGUUCAGGAUUUUCAUCGCGAUAAGCAUCCAGAUCGCCGCGCAAUGCACUGGAAACACCUCGCUGGCAUACUAUGCGCCUCAGAUCUUCGGUGCCGUUGGAACGAGCGAGAACGACACGCUCCUGAUCACAGGGUUCUUCGGUGUUGUCAAAGUUGUAGCAUGCGGGACCUUCGUCCUUUUCCUAGUUGAACGGAUUGGCCGUAAAUGGUCUCUAGCCCUUGGCGCCUUCAUGAUGGGAGCACUCAUGCUUAUCGUCGCGAUCCUCGCGAAGGUGUUCACGCCAGAUUCAACCGCUACUGAAAUAUCGUCUCCUACCGCUGCAUCGAUUGCGAUGAUCUAUCUGGAGGCGGCCUCGUAUAACAUGUCCUGGGGCCCCGUACCAUGGCUUUACAUGAGCGAGAUCUUCCCAACGCGAAUUCGGGAGAUCGGUAUUGCCGUUGGAACAGCUACGCAGUGGUUGUUCAACUUUGUGUUCUCGCAGGCGACACCGCAUGCCGUGAAUAACAUGGGCUGGCGGACGUUCCUGAUGUUCUGUAUCUUCAACUGGGCAAUCGUGGUCUACGUCUUUCUGUUCAUCAGGGAGACGACUGGCAAGUCCUUGGAGGAGAUGGAAGAUGUAUUCAAAUCGAACAUUGCUCGGUUUAGGAAAGAUGAAGAGCGUGCUGAGGAUGGAGCUCCUACAUAUACGCAGUGAGACUGCGUACGGCUGCGAGCACUCAAUGAUCGAUCCUGGUCUAUAGUUGUAUGGUAGUAAAGUGGAAUACAAUGAACACAACUGAUCUUGCAAAUCACUCGAUAUUUUCUUUCUGAAAUUUCCACCUGAUGUGUGCCCGCAUACACCGGGAGGCUCAAUCCUGAGCGCCUAAGCUAGGGCUUCAACGGUGAAUAUGCAUAUAAUGAGUGUCUAAUAUUGAGUAACACGCUAAUGAUGUAUAUACAAAGUUCAUAAGUCAUGACACAUGGUCGUUCAUA